CAUCAUGAUGUCCUAGAAAGACCACGAGAGGACAAGUCGUCGAUUCUAAGUUGCUGCACUGGGUUUAGGGAGAGGCAAGCAUGCUGGACUCGCCUGGAGGUGGCGUGGGAUCAUAAUUCAACCUUGUAGUCGUUGUCUGCCAUCUCGGCUUGAACAGUAUUACCCCGUUCACAUAGGGCGACCAGCCCGCUCUCUGUCUUUUCACACAACCACCCGCCAGGUGGUUUACUUCCAGGCCAGUUAGCUGGAGACUCGCCAAAUAUCCUGUCUGGAUCGUUCGAACUAAUCACGCUUCGCUCACUUUUGUUCAAUCUCUUCACAAAGCGCGUUGAACGUAACAGGCCAGAGCCCUGCCAACGCACACUCCAAACGUCACCCGACAUUCACCCAUCAAAAGCUCAGAAAACACCCUUCUAAUUACCCUUAUCUAGGCCGAACCAUGACCAUCACGUUUGGCUCUUUCGAUGGAGUGUGUAGCACUGCUGCUCUCGUCAUUUGUCCAUUGAUAGGCACCUCUGGACAAGGCAUAGAGCCUACAUGUUACUCACGCAACGUUCAAAUCGGCCAGACCGUUAUCUUCCAGCCUUCCACAUGUUUUGUUCACAUCGUUGCAAUAAUCAUGACUGCAAUUAUGAUCUAUCAUAUUCGCUCAAAGUAUACCGCAGUUGGGCGAAAAGAGAUCGUGAUGUUCUUUUGGCUGUACAUGGUCAUCGAACUUCUCGCAAUGUUCCUAGACUCGGGAAUCAUACCGACUGCAAACGUCAGCUAUCCCUGGUUUGCUGCAGUUUAUACAGGUCUAGUAGCAACUGCCUACUGCUGUCUGCUUAUCAACGGCUUCGUUGGGUUCCAAUUCGCUGAAGACGGGACACCUCUUUCUCUUUGGCUCCUCCGGAUAUGCUGUUUUGCCGUCUUCGGAGGAUCAUUCUUCAUCUCUAUCGCCACCUUCAAAUCUUAUGUUUCAUUCUCCCCAUCAAAACCUAUCGCACUCUUCGUCGUUUACCUCAUCUGGCCCAUCCUGUGCGUCGCCACAUAUACGAUAUUACAACUCGUUCUUGUAUUCCGGACUCUUGACGACCGCUGGCCCCUCGGUGACAUUAUCUUUGGAAUCGCGUUCUACGCGAUUGCUCAAGUUCUUCUGUUCGCUUUCAGCGUCACCAUAUGUAAUGCCAUCACGCAUUACUUGGAUGGCCUGUUCUUCUUCACUCUGUGUGUUUUGUUGAGUGUUAUGAUGGUCUAUAAAUACUGGGACAGUAUCACGCGUGAAGACCUGGAAUUCUCUGUUGGAUCUAAAGCUGCGGUUUGGGAAGUUAAGGACCCACUUCUCACGGCUUCAGUUACAGCUCCUAGUACAGAUUACGAGGAGGAUGCAUCAAGCUACCACGCUGGCGCCGCGAGCCUUGUGGGCGGUGUUAGUGGUACACAAUAUUAUGGCGGCAAGCAAGCGUAUGGUGCCCAGGGUGGUUACGGACAAGGAGGAUAUGGUGGCGCGCGAAGGGCUUAUCCACCAACAUCUGAAGGCUAUUGAGGACUUUGAAAAGGACUAUUACGUGAAUGAUGAUAUGGACAACAGUGAUUUACGGUACUUUCUACAGAUACCAGCUCUAAUUCACUCUCAUGAUCAGGAU